CUUCCGGCGGGAACCGGAAGGUGCGGUGGCACACACGGAAUCCCGGGUCUUCUGACGUGCCGGGCGGGAAGAUGUCAUUGCCAAGAAGAGCAAAAGUACAGGACCAGGGUGUGGUACCGAAAGAUGAAUUUUCUUCAUUCUCUGAGUUAUCAUCUGCCUCUGAAGAAGAUGACAAGGAAGAUAGUGCCUGGGAGCCCCAAAAGAAAGUUCCCAGAAGCCGUAAGCAGCCCCCUCCCAAGGAAUCCAAACCAAAGAGGAUGCCUCGGGUGAAGAAGAAUACCCCACAGAUCAGUGAUGGCUCAGAAGUCAUUGUCAAGGAGGAGCUGAAUAGCUCUGUGGCUAUUGCUGACACUGCUUUGGAAGACAAAAAAAAUGAAUUGGAUACCGUAGAGACUCUGAAAACAGCCAAGACAAAACGGAAAUGUUCAGCGCAGCCACAUGCAGCUCAAAGGACCAAAAAACUGAAAGUUGAUGAAGAAACCAGCAAAGCCAGCAACUUAGAGGGUGAGAGUAAUAGUUCAGAGACACCAUCCACAAGCACUAUGUGGGGAGGUACAUGCAAGAUGGAAGAGAAUGAAGAUGACUUUACAUUUGGUCAGUCCCCUUUAAAGAAAAUGAAGACUGAAACAUGUCCUCAGGGGCAGCCUGUCAAGUUUCCAGCAAAUGCCAAUAAUAUUAAAGAGGAGGUGGAAAUGAAUUGGGACAUAGUACAGGUUUUAUCUGAAAGAACUAAUAUCGAACCUUGGGUUUGUGCCAACACCAUUCGUCUAUUUAAUGAUGAUAACACAAUUCCCUUCAUUAUACGUUAUCGAAAAGAGCUCAUUAAUAACCUUGAUGCUGAUUCCUUGAGAGAAGUUCAACAAACCCUAGAAGAGCUACGGGCUGUUGCAAAGAAAGUUCAUAGUACAAUCCAGAAAAUUAAGAAGGAGGGGAAGAUGUCUGAGUGCUUGUUAAAAGCCAUGCUGAAUUGUAAAACUUUUGAAGAACUAGAACACGUGUCUGCUCCAUAUAAAACUGGGAGCAAAGGGACUAAAGCCCAGAGAGCAAGACAGUUGGGCUUAGAAGGAGCAGCCAGGGCACUGCUUGAGAAACCAGGGGAACUCAGUCUGCUAUCAUACAUUAGGCCUGAUGUUAAAGGGCUUUCAACGCUUCAGGAUAUUGAAAUAGGAGUGCAGCAUAUUUUAGCAGACAUGAUUGCUAAAGACAAAGACACGCUUGACUUCAUUCGGAACUUGUGCCAGAACAGACAUGUUUGUAUCCAGUCAUCUCUGGCAAAAGUGUCCUCAAAAAAGGUAAAUGAGAAAGAUGUUGAUAAGUUUCUGCUCUACCAGCAUUUUUCGUGCAACAUAAGAAGCAUUCACCAUCAUCAGAUUCUGGCAAUUAACCGUGGAGAAAAUUUGAAGGUACUGACGGUUAAGGUCAAUAUUUCUGAUGGAGUGAAGGAUGAAUUCUGUAGGUGGUGCAUCCAAAACAGGUGGAGACCACGUGGCUUUGCAAGGCCAGAGUUAAUGAAGAUCUUACGUGAUUCACUGAAUGAUUCCUUUAAACGCCUUAUUUAUCCUCUUCUCUGUAGAGAAUUCAGAGCCAAACUAACAUCAGAUGCAGAGAAGGAAUCAGUAAUGAUGUUUGGACGGAACCUUCGUCAGCUCCUUUUAACAAGCCCUGUUCCAGGGCGCACCUUAAUGGGAGUGGAUCCUGGUUAUAAACAUGGUUGCAAAUUGGCUAUAAUUUCUCCUACCAGUCAGAUACUUCACACUGAUGUGGUUUACUUGCAUUGUGGACAAGGCUUCCGAGAGGCAGAGAAAAUAAAGAGGCUUUUGCUGAAUUUCAACUGCAGCACAGUGGUGAUUGGAAAUGGAACUGCCUGCCGAGAAACAGAAGCUUACUUUGCUGACCUGAUAAUGAAGAAUUAUUUUGCACCACUGGAUGUUGUUUACUGUAUCGUCAGUGAAGCAGGAGCAUCAAUCUACAGUGUCAGCCCUGAAGCUAACAAAGAGAUGCCAGGACUGGACCCUAAUUUGAGAAGUGCAGUUUCCAUAGCGAGGCGUGUACAAGAUCCAUUAGCUGAGCUAGUGAAAAUUGAGCCGAAGCACAUUGGAGUUGGAAUGUAUCAGCAUGACGUAUCCCAGACUUUACUCAAGGCAACACUGGACAGUGUUGUAGAAGAAUGUGUCAGCUUUGUGGGGGUGGACAUUAACAUCUGUUCAGAAGUUUUGUUAAGGCAUAUUGCAGGACUCAAUGCCAACAGAGCCAAAAAUAUUAUUGAAUGGCGCGAGAAAAAUGGACCCUUUAUCAACCGAGAACAGCUGAAGAAAGUGAGAGGACUGGGUCCAAAAUCCUUCCAACAGUGUGCUGGCUUCAUCAGAAUCAACCAGGAUUAUAUCCGAACAUUUUGCAGUCAGCAAACUGAAUCUUCAGGCCAAAUUCGAGGAGUUGCUGUUACAUCUUCAGCAGACAUUGAGGUCACAAAUGAGAAGCAGGGCAAAAAGAAGAGCAAAACUGCAGUGAAUGUUUUACUGAAGCCAAAUCCUUUGGACCAAACUUGUAUUCAUCCAGAAUCAUAUGACAUAGCAAUGAGGUUUUUGUCAUCCAUUGGAGGGACACUGUAUGAGAUUGGAAAGCCUGAAAUGCAACAAAAAAUAAAUUCAUUCCUUGAAAGGGAAGGAAUGGAGAAAAUUGCAGAAAGAUUGCAAACAACAGUACACACCUUACAGGUCAUCAUAGAUGGUCUCAGCCAGCCUGAAAGCUUUGAUUUUCGAACAGAUUUUGAUAAACCUGAUUUCAAGAGAAGCAUAGUAUGCCUGGAAGAUCUGCAGGUUGGGACAGUUCUUACAGGCAAAGUGGAGAAUGCCACUCUCUUUGGAAUUUUCGUGGAUAUAGGAGUAGGGAAAUCUGGGCUGAUUCCCAUACGAAAUGUAACAGAAGCAAAACUUUCAAAAACAAAGAAGAGAAGGAGCCUUGGACUGGGCCCCGGAGAAAGAGUGGAAGUCCAAGUGCUCAACAUUGACAUCCCCCGAUCUAGGAUUACUCUGGACCUCAUUCGGGUGUUAUGAGUGUCCCACUGAAGGCCAAACACUGAUAUUAUUUUCUCAUUUCUACACAUUGACAAGAAUAAGUCAGUUGCUUGUAAAAUUUAGGUAGCAGAUGAGAAAUAAUUCACUUAACAUCAGAAAUAUUUUCCAAACACUUUCCUGUAUUUUUUCUUCUGAAUUAAUAGAAAAUCAACAGUUUGGUUUCCUUUCCCCUUAAAGGAAACAACUAAUACGCAUUCUUAUAUGGCUUUAUGUAGUAAUAGUUUUCUGGCUAAAAUUUUGGUUUUUAUUUUUUUGUAAUUUAUCUUUAACUCCUUUUGCAUUUUGUAUAACAGAUUGCUUAACUUCUACUUGCCAACAUCUGCCUUGCUGGACUUGUAUGGGAUUGUCUUCUUGAUUUGACUUGUACAGUCUUUGUUGACACAGUAGGGCUGGGCAGUGUUUAAUCCUUCCAUUUUAUAGAUUCUUUUUUUAAUCAGGCCUUUUGGACUUCAUCAUUUUGCAAUAAUCUCUUUUCCUUUGUCAUGCAAACCAAAACAGAUUUUGAUGUGUUUGUAACCAUCAAAUGAAUGGUUCGAAACAUUUCUCAAAAGGAUAUAUAUAUUGACCCCAACAAUAAAGGUUUGUGGCUAGUGACUUGUUUUUGCUAUGUUGAUUCAGUGAAUGACUCAGAAGUCAGUCUUGAUGAAAGAAGAUAUGGUUUAUGUAACCUUUGGAGAAGAGGGAAGCCUUUGGAAAUUUGAAGAAUGGUUUUGUUUGACUUACCAUAGAAGAGUGUGUCCUUUCUUAAAUCAGAAUUAAACUUCAAAUGGGGAUAGAAAUGGCCACAAAUUUUAAAGAUCAAAUAUAGAUCAGGUGUGAAGGGACAAGAAAAACAAGUAUAUAAAGGAAGUGACUCUUACUCUGUUUUUAUUCAGUGGAGAUUGUAAGGAUUAGCAUGACCAUUCAGGGUCAAAAUAAAGCCCACAGUGGACUGGUAUCCUGUUCAUUCUGACUACUGCUGCUGCUGUUGAUUUGCCUGAUGAAGAUAUUUGUAUGACUGAAUGAGUGUUUGGUUUUCUCCAUGCAUAAGUAGGGGAUGGUUACUAAAGAUGACCAGUCUUGUUUAUUUGCCUAGGAAACACCCAUUGUCCUGGCAUAAUUUUUAAUAUUGCCUCUCUUUGUUCUCAGAGUGCCCCAUUUUGAAUGAUAAAUCAUAUGAUCAACUAUAGUAGUCACUAAGUAGUGACUGUGACUAUGUUUCAUGAUAGUUCUACAAUGCAGUUGGUUCCUUAAAAGUUGCAUAUAUCAACUUUUUUGAUAUAUAAAACUUAUUUGCCUAGCAAUUUCAUUUCUGAAAUGCUUUUCCUCUGUUUCUUACUGGUCUUUAACUGAUAAUGGAUCUAUCUUAAUGUUAUAUAACUUUAAGUCGAUCUUCCUACUCACUCCUCCUAAUAUUCUUCCAGGUUCAUAAUCUAUAGCUCAGUGAUGAAUGAUGUGUACCUGAGGAGUCUUACUCUGAAGCCUGAGAUAUAAGUUCACACGAGUGUUUUAGAGGAAGAGGCCUUCUCCCUGGGCACUUCAGAUAUAGGAACAAGAACAGUGACAGUGUAAAGCUGCUCUGUUGACCUGGCAGCUAAGCUUUCAUGGACACAACAAGGACUUGACAUUGCACUGGAUUGUGUAGUUUGUCCCAUCCAGCCCAGACAUGGUAGAAGCUGGUGUAAGGCCUAAGCUAUAAAAUGAGGGGCCACAUCUCAUUUAUAACUGCAAAGUGUGCAUGGUGAUCCAUUAUAUUCUAUUCCUAGUCUCUGUUCUACUAGUAAUCCAGUGUGCCUUUGAGCUGGUAUCUUUACUUCUACAGACCUCCUUUUCCCAAAUUUAAAAUGGCAUAUGAGAAAGCGUUUAUUCCCAUAUACAUUUACUGGUGGCCUCCUGGGGUGCCAGGCAUUGUGCUAGUCACUGACCAGAAAUUGUGAUAGAAAAAUAGGUAGGGAUAGGGAGCACGAAAAGAAAAUAAAAAGAAAAAAAUAGUCAUUAUCCUUGUCCUUGUGGAGCUUAGAGUCUAUUGAGAAAGCAUAAUUAAUCAUAUAAAAAUGUAAAACUACAAUCAGAUAAGUGAUAUAAUGGUGACAAUGUGUAAUAAAUUGGUUGACUUAGAAAAGUCAAAGUAGUUCAGUGGGAUUUGAGAUGUGAAAGAUGACCAGAACUAGGACAAAUUUUACUGACCUUUAAUAGUAACUCUUCCCAAUAAAUAGUGAGAAUGAGCUGUAUUGGAGUGGACUUAAGAGAGUAGGAGGAAUUAGAUUGCAGACAAUGAAUAUAGAUAGUUCUUUUAGGGAGUUUAGCUGUAAAGGAGGAAGAGAAAUAGCACAGUGGUUGGAAGGGGGAAAUGGAGUCAAAAUUUAAGACAAAAGAAAUGUAUACAAAUGGAAAUGAUCCAGUAAAAACAGGAAAAUAUUACACAGGAAACAGAGGGGAGAAUUACUGGAAAGAUAUCCUUGACUAAAUGAGAUCAGAUGGAAUCUAGUGCACAAGGGGUUGGUCUAAGAUAGGAAUACAAAGAGUUUAUUCAUAUUAGCGGGAGAAGGGACUAAGUAUAUGAACACAAAUGUAGGUAGGUAAAUAUAGGAGCUCAUGGAAAGUUUCUGAAUUUCUUCUAGUUUUCUCAUUGAAUUAUGAAGGAAUACCAUCAUCUGAGACCAAACAUUGAAGAGAAAGGGAAUUGGAGGUUUGAA